GGGCGGCCCGGCGCCGCUGUCUGCCGCGGGCGGGGCCGCCUCGCCACAGGGCGGCGGGCUGAGCUCCGCCGCCGCGGCGGACGAGUGCUUCUGCGCUGGCCACCUGUGCGAGCACGGUCUGGAGGGGCACGCCGUGGACCUCCCCGCGGCGGCGGAGUUCUACCAGCUCGCCGCCGAGGCCGGCCACGCCGCGGCGCAGUGGCGGCUCGGCGAGCUGCUGGAGUACGGCCGAGGCGUGGGGCCAGACGAGGCGCUGGCGGCGAACUGGUACCGCCUGUCUGCCCGGGCGGGCAACGCGCAGGCGCAGUCCGCCCUGGCGCUGCUGCUGGAGGAGGGCCGGGGCUGCGCUCGCGACGACGCCGAGGCGGCGCGGUGGCACCUGGCGGCUGCGGAGCUGCAGGGGGCGCCAGCAGGGGGGGGGACUGCCCAGGCCCCCUCCCAGACGCGCGGGCGUCCCCGGGAGAUCCUGGCGGCACCGUUGCUUGAUGGCAGCGGGCGUUGUCGCCGGAUUUCGGGCCGCGGGGCCCGUACAGGUCGAUCCAGCGGGGUCUGGGGUCGAGUCGGGCCUGUGAGCCGCCCGAGCCGAGCCGAAGGGAGUGGCCAGGCGGAGGCGCAUUGGCGCAGCAUGGCCAGGGGUGGCCUAUGAGCGCAC